UAUGUGUAUUGUGGAGGGCAAUUGUUUCGAUGCACUUAGGUCCUAUCUUUGGAUUUACCGUGAGAUGCUUAGUGGUUUUAUUCAAUGUCAACGAUUGACAGUCCUUACUAAUGUUUAUCUUAUAACAGUUAACUAACGGUUAAGUGUGUGGUUAUAACUGCAUUUGCGGAAUAUAUAUUUAUUCAGCACAGGGAUAACUGAAAUAUUCGAAAUCUAUGUGAUAAGACAUGGCUACUUAUACGAACAAUCAAGGUAAAUCUCCUGAUGAUCCAUCUAAAGAGGCUGAUAAUGAUUCUGUUAGAAGCUCUUCGAAAGAAAAAAAUAUUCAUUUAGCAAGACUGAGUCUCCUUUUAAAACAUGACCAUAAUGACUUCAGAUUUACACGUGAUAUACUUUAUGAAAGGAAAAUUGAACAGGAAUCAGAUCAACGUCGCGGUUGCAAAGAAUUUCCAGUCGAAAUCAACCGAAGAGAAUGUUCACAGUUUAUUGAGGUUCCAGAUCAGAAGCAAGACAUAAAAAAUGAAAAUAAGCUAUGCUACUGCAACUACCCACGUCUCAAACACAGCCCUGGGGCGAUUGCCAAAAAGAACGGGACAAAAUGGGAAUAUGGGAAACACACCCGGAAGGAACCUACCAACGCAUUCGGGGAAAUAAAGUUUCUCGGCUAUGGUGUUAAUGCGAGUAAAUAUGUGAGAGUAGAUGUGAACACAGAGAUGUCCAAAAUGCUGGAAUUGAUGAAGGUCUGGGGGCUCGAUAAGCCCCAGUUCCUCAUUUCCGUGACAGGGGGCGCUAAAGACUUCAACAUGAGCAAACGACUCCGGGACACAUUCCGACUCGGGCUUAUGAAGACUGUUCUAUCGACAGGUGCCUGGAUUGUAACAAGCGGCACCCACGCAGGAGUAGGGAAGCUUGUCGGGGAGGCUGUGGGGGCUUCUGAGAUUGCAUCGAAGAACAAAAACCAGGUCAUCUCCAUUGGAAUUGUGCCGUGGGGCUGUGUACAGGAUAAAGAGAAGCUUGAAAAUAGCAGUGGAAAGAGGCCGGUGGAAUACCAGAUAGAAAAAGAGCAACGCAUCAACGAGAGUUUUCUGGACCCGAAUCACUCCCAUUUUAUACUCGUAGACGAUGGCACACAACACAAGUUCGAUAUUGAGAUUCCAUUCAGGGCAAAACUGAAAAAGGCAAUAGCGGAAGAAAAAGCCGUAAUGGUGCCUAACAUUCUGCUAGUUCUGGGGGGCGGUCCUGGCACACUUAAAAAUGUUCACGAGGCGAUAUUGAAGAACACGCCCAUUGUCGUUGUGAAUGGCUCAGGUCGAGCAGCGGAUAUCCUUGCGUACGCCUAUCUCAACGCAAUGGAAGUUAAGAAACAUGCUCAGAACAAGUACAAAGGAAUGUUUCCGUAUGUGGAAUUCACGGUUGAGGAGAUGAUAGUACGCGAAUUCGGCAAUGAGGAAACAUCGACGCACCUAAAACGCAUACGUGAUUGCCUCAAGGAAAGUGACCUCAUGUCUGUGUACGAAAUAGAAGGAAAAGGCGGGGUGAAGGAUAUAGAUGUUGCUAUUCUUCAGGCUCUGUUAAAAGCCAACAAGUACAAAGUGAUGGACCUGUUGAAACUAUCACUGGCCUGGAACAGAAUUGAUGUGGCAAAGAGCAACAUUUUCAGAGAUUACAAGAAAUGGACAAAGAUGGAAUUGAAUGAUGUAAUGUUCUCAGCCAUAUUACUCAACCGGGUCGAAUUAAUUAAACUUUUUCUCGACCACGGUGCGAACCUCAAGGAGCUCCUAACAGAAGGGAAACUUCUUACGCUAUACACCAAGAUUCCGACCAACUGCUUUCUGCGAACCUUACUGGCUAGCUCAGACAACGAUGAUGAAACGCAAAAUUUUUCUCUGAAGAAUGUAAGAAAGCUCAUUCGAUACCUAAUCGCAGACACCUUUCACAUUGGCGAGCUUGACAACGUCAACACGACGGCUAUGGCGGGCCGUGCUGAUGCCAAAAAAGAAACAAACGUAAAGAAGACGAACUUUGACCAGCCAUCUCAACUCUUGUUUAUCUGGUCGAUACUGAUGAUAUAUCAGGACAUGGCGAAACUAUUCUGGGCUGAAGGGAAGGAUGCUAUAGCUGCGGCUUUGGUUGGUAGCAGCCUGCUGAAGUCCAUGUUAAGGAAGACAAAUGACACGGAACUCAGGAAUAAAAUUCAGAAAUGCAUUGAGGAAUGGUCUGAAUUAGCUGUGGGAGUGUUGUCUGAAUGUCACUCAACAGACGAACACAAGGCCCAGGACCUGGUGGAACGGAAAUUGAGUAACUGGGGCAAUACAUCGUGUAUGUUGAUUGCUGUGAAGUCAGACAACAAGGACUUUAUCUCGCAAACCCCUUGUCAGUCUCUGCUAAACAGGAUAUGGAAUGGUAGACUGGUUCAGAACAAUUCGCUAUGGAGGCUCCUGCUGUGUUUGUUUUUCCCACCCUUGAUUUCUGUUCUGCCUGAUUUCACUAAACCUAAUACCUGCAGCCCAUGUGACAACAACAACAAAGAUUCCAACCAAGACUCUCACAACCAAGAGUAUCUCAAUAACAAGAGGACGAGGCAGAGAUCAGUUUCCGAAGAGUCGAAGAUGAAAGCUUAUGAUAAGUUCUACUACUUUUUUAAAGCUCCUGUCAUCAUCUUUAUGUAUAACGUGUGUUCUCAUCUUGUGUUUCUCAGCCUGUACACGUACAUCCUGGUCUUUAACUUUAACACCAUAGUAUCUAUGGAAGAGAUCAUUCUCACUAUCUGGGUGUUCGCAUUUACAAUGGAGGAGAUCAGACAGAUGGUGACCAGCUCAACAGCAACAUUAGCCACGAAAUUGCAAAUCUACUUCACUGACACGUGGAACGUUGUUGACACCAUGACCAUAAUGUUGUUCAUUAUUGGAAUAACCCUGCGAUUCUUGCCUUACGAAAGCACGUUCGAAGCUGCCAGGGUGGUCCUUGCUCUCAACUUUGUAACGUAUUUCCUAAGGUUGCUCCAUAUCUUCUCAGUUCACAAAAAACUGGGCCCAAAACUUGUAAUGAUUGGCAAAAUGUUAAAGGACUUAAUAUACUUCCUGUUGAUCCUGAUGGUGUUUGUGCUCUCGUACGCGAUCGCAUCCCACUCCAUUCUCUAUCCAAACGCCCCGCUAACCUGGAAGACUGCGGUUCAGAUUAUCCGUAAAUCUUACUGGAACAUCUAUGGAGAGCUUUUUUUGGAAGAAAUCGAAGGUGAAGCUGACUGCUCGUACGAUGCUACAAUAUGGAUAAAUGGUACUCAAGCAAGAUGCCCGACGGACACCGGGAAGUGGUUGGUGCCGAUCAUGAUGGGCAUCUACAUAUUGCUUGCCAACGUGUUACUCCUUAACCUUCUCAUUGCAAUGUUCAGCAACACGUUCGAAAAAGUCCAGGACAAUGCAGACAAACAUUGGUUUUUCCAGCGUUUCUCACUUAUCCACGAGUACUACACGCGGCCUGUACUAUUUCCUCCGCUUAUUCUUCUCGCGCACAUAUUUUUAGUAUUCCGAUUUGUAUGUGAGUCAUGCUGUCGUGGGGCUAUGAAAAAGGAGCGUGAAGAAACUAAACAAUUUUUGUGUCGAAAGUUGGAGAAUGAUCACCAGUUGACACAAUGGGAGAACUUGAUUGCCGAUGCCUUUCAACAAAAACGGGAACAGAAAGACGUUGACAACACACAAGACAUGCUGGCCAAAAUGAAAAUACAGCUUGAAAGUACUCAGAAAUCUGUGGAGUGGAUAAUUUCGACCCUACAAAGAUCAAAGAAUGAGAAUAAAACCUCAGACCCAGCCCCAGAGGUCCUGUCUGGAAAUAAAAAUAGUCAUGAAGAAACAUGUGCUUGAAAGUGACAUUCUCAAAUUAUUUUCACUUAGAGUAAGUGCCAUACGCUUGACUAGGGUAAGCACCAAAAUUCUGUAUGAGGGCCGGGGAGAAUGUAUCACU